AUGACCAAGAUCAACACCGCUCUUGCCACCACCGGCAUCGUCGCCAGCAUGGCCAACGGCGCCCCCCUCAACGGCGGGUCCCAGGUCGAGGCCAACACCGGCGGCAUCACCAAGGCCGACUGGUUCAGCAUCCACCCCGACCGCGAGCCCUACGCUGUUGCCACCGGCUUCCCCGUCUCUCGCUUCCCCGGCGGUCCUCGCAAGGGCCCCUGCGGCAAGGAGUGCGACACCCAGACCGCCUCCUCCGUCGUCGACGACGAGGUCAGCACCACCAAGGUCGUCAUUGAUCCCCUCAACCCUACCCGUCCCAUGGGCACUCCCGCGACCACCUACACCAACAUCUUCACCGUCUCCGAGGAGACCGGCAAGGCCACUACCACCGCUGCUCAGACCCAGACCGCCUCGUCUGAGAGCAUCAUCCGCCUUCCCCCUGCCAGCGCCAGCGAGAUCCAGCGCACCUCGGUGCCUAACAUUGUUUUCGUCACCACCGGCUUUGGCUUCGAGACCUCUGUCACCAAGACCUCCGAGGCCGGCGCCAUGCCCACCCUCAUCAACCCUCUUCUCCCUCCCUGGGACCAGCCUCAGCCCAUCCUGAGCUCUGUCAGUGUCCCCGAGCCGGUCUUGACCACCAUCAUCCCCAAGACCACCUCGACCAUUGUCCCUAACAUGGUCUUGACCACCAUCCACGAGACCACCUCGACCACUACCCCUAACAUGGUCUUGAUCACCAUCCACGAGACCACCUCCAGCGGUCUCCCUGAGCCGGUCCUCACCACCAUCCAUGAGACCACCUCCAGCGGUCUCCCUGAGCCGGUCCUCACCACCAUCCACGAGUCGACCACCUCUCACACCAACUCCACUCAGACCCAGACUCCCACUGAGACCGCCGUCGAGGUGGCCACUGAGUUCGAGACCGUCCUGGCUACCGCCACCCAGUACGUCACCCCCGCUCCCGUCGAGCAGACCUUCACCACGGUCACCACCACCCGCGAGGAGAAGGACGUCCACACCGGUCGUCGCGCCUAA